AUGUCUGAAACAAUUUCGCCGCAAAAGGACAAUGCUGAGCAUUUCGAAAGUCCCAAGGACCUCAUCCCGGAUAACCUGCCCCUCCCGGACGAGAUCGCCGACCUGACGCCAUUUCUGCCGGCGGUGUUCGUCCUCCUGAGCUGCUGGUACACCCGUGCUGAACUACCACCGCGAAUUGCCGUCCUCUACGGUGGAAACAUGCUAGCCACGGCUUUCUCUGGCCUUAUCGCAGCGGGAAUCACAUCACAGAUGCAAGACGUUGCUGGAAGACCUUCAUGGGAAUGGCUCUUCAUCAUCGAGGGCUCUAUGACCGUCGGCAUAGCACUCAUGCUACUUCCACUCCUCACCGACUAUCCGCUUCAGAGCAAACAUCUUUUCCUCUCCAGGAAAAUGCAACUUUACGCUGAAUGGAGGAUCAGGAAAGAAAAUGCCGGAAUCGUUGACGAAGACCCCGAAUCAAUCUGGUGGGGACUGAAAGAAGCUCUGAAGGACCGCAAACUGUACAUGUUUGUCAUUUUGCAGAUGUCGCUGAUCACCGCUCAGUCCUUCAACAAUUUCUUCCCUUCUAUAGUCGGCACUCUCGGAUACGACAGCACCAAGACUCUGCUGCUCACUUCUCCACCUUACUUCUUUGCUUUCUUUGUAUCCCUAGGUAUCUCGUUUCACGCCUCACACAAGAACGAGAGGGGCUAUCAUAUCGCUGCUCCAAUGCUGUUGGCUCUUCUUGGGAACCUUCUGGCCAUGUUUGUUCCAUCUACCGGCGGCCGCUACUUCUCCAUGUUCUUGAUGACUGGAGGCUCCUAUUCACCAUAUAACCUCUGCGUAAGCUGGGUGAGCGCAUCACUGCCCCGACCGCGAUCAAAGCGGGCUGCAGCCCUGGCCAUCGUCAACUUUAUGGGUGCGGGAGUCGCGCACUUUUACACAGCGUACAUGUUCCCCGACAGCCAGAAACCCAGGUACUACGCCGGUGGGGGUGUCAUGAGCGGGGCAUGCUUGCUUUGCGCCGCCCUGGCCUUGUUCAUCAAGCACUACCUGAAGAAGCAGAACAAGAAGUUUGAGAUGGAGGAGCAGAGGGGUAUUGUCAGCCAUGCCGAUAUAAGAGGAUCUAAAGCUGGUCAUGGCGGCGAUGCCGUGGUGGCAUUCAGAUAUGUCCACUAG